AUGACCGACUUGACGCCGACAUUCAACCAAUAUGUCAACAUUGUGGAGUCUGAACUCAAACCAAAGAGACCACUACAUCCAAAAGAGAAACCAUUGUAUCUAAUCAAGGACAACUUCAACAAAGAAUGUGUAGAAUUUUAUCAAAUAUUGACCAACUUGAGCCAGUUCGUCAAUGAUAUCAGAGCAGAAUACCUCGCUGUAUCAGACAAUGCUUCCAACUCUGCCUCCAAAGACAAAAUUGAUGAAGAGUUCAACACGCGAGUACAGCAAUGUUUCAAGAAACUCGGGGCGUUGGAGUCAUACGAGUCAAGGAGACAAAAAAUGGUUCAAACAACAUUACUGAAACGAUGGUUUUUUCAAGAAGACAAUGAACAGGAUGUCUACUUUGAAACUGAGGCUAGUCACAGACACCAGGUUUUACGAUUCUUAAUGGAAUCCCUUGUCAAUUUAUCAAAGUCUUAUGAAAAGAUGCAACGUAAACGAAUCCAACGUGAAAAACAGCUAAAUUCGCUAAACUUUCAAAACAUCAAUGAUGAAUUGGAGAAGGACUUGGACAAUUCCAAAAUAUUCACUAGCUUGGAUCGAAUUCAGCGAGAUAUAGAAAUGGAGGAGGAGGAGGAGAAGGAAAAAGAACAUACCCCACACUUUGAGAUGAGCCAGGAUCAAAUCCAAGAAUUGGAAUCUGAGAAUAAGGAAUUGCUCAAUUUGAAAACAACACAAUUGAAUCAAGUGGAUAAUAUCCAACAAUCGAUUCUUGAUAUUGUAAACAUUCAAAAUGAGUUGAGUUUCAAACUUCAAGAACAAGGUGAUCAAAUAAAUAACUUGAUGGAUACUCAUUCGCAAGUGGAGUUGGAAGUGCGAGAAGGUAAUCGAACCUUGAACAAGGCAACUAGAAAAAACAAGAGAGGAGCCAACUACUUGGUUACAAUUUGUAUCGUUUUGGGCUGCCUUGUGGUGAUUAUAGAUUUUCUAAAGUUUAUAUAG